AUGUCUUCUCCAAGCUCCAGUCGAGAGCCCUCAGAGAUUUAUCCUCAAGAAGGAGAGGUGGACUACUUCUCUCCCGACUCCGAGGACCAUGUGUACCUCCCCCAGUACCACGCUCACAACCCCCGAGUGAGAGACUGGUUCUACAAAAACGUCUUUUCUCACCCUGGAGAGCGUGUCAAGAACUACACCCUGUCGUUGUUUCCAAUUGUUCGAUGGAUCUACCGAUACAACCUGGUGUGGCUCACUUACGACCUGAUUGCCGGCAUCACUGUCGGAUGUGUCGUUGUUCCUCAGGGAAUGUCUUAUGCCAAACUGGCCAACCUGCCCCCGGAGUAUGGUCUCUACUCUUCCUUUGUCGGAGUCCUCAUCUACUGUUUCUUUGCCACGUCUAAGGAUGUUUCUAUUGGUCCUGUUGCGGUCAUGUCCCAGCAAGUCGGCCGAGUCAUUAUGCAUGUCCAAGGAGAGUACCCCGAAGCCUCGGGACCCAUGAUCGCGACCAUGCUGGCGGUUCUGUGCGGUUCUAUCGCCCUCGGUAUCGGUCUCCUGCGUCUUGGUUUCAUUCUCGAGUUCAUUCCCGCCCCCGCAGUCAUGGGCUUUAUGACCGGUUCUGCCAUCAACAUUGUCACUGGUCAGGUUCCCGCUCUCAUGGGUAUCGACAAGCUCUUCAACACAAAGGACGCCACUUAUAUGGUAAUCAUCAACUCGCUUAAGAACCUGAAGCACUCCAACUACAACGCCGCCUUUGGAGUCGUCGCGCUGUUCAUCCUCUACCUCAUCAAGUACUCAUGCCAGUACCUGUCCAAGAAGUUCCCCAAGUACAAGAAGGUGUUUUUCUACAUUGAAAUCAUGAGAUCCGCGCUCAUCAUCAUUUUUGGUACACUCAUUUCUUGGGCUGUCUGCCACCCUCACAAGAAAUCUGGCAAGUUCCCCAUUUCUAUUAUCAAGACUGUGCCUCGAGGUCUCAUUCACACCGGUGUCAUGAAGGUCGACACUAUUUACAUGUCCAAGAUGGCCUCUGAGCUGCCCGUCUCUACCGUUGUUCUUCUGCUUGAGCACAUCGCCAUUUCCAAGUCCUUUGGCCGUGUCAACGACUACAAGAUUUCUCCCGACCAGGAGCUCAUUGCUAUUGGUGUUACCAACCUGGUUGGAACCUUCUUCAACGCCUACCCCGCCACCGGUUCCUUCUCUCGAUCUGCCCUUAAGGCAAAGUGUGGUGUGCGAACACCUCUUGCCGGUAUUUACACUGGUGUUGUUGUGCUCAUUGCUCUGUACGCCCUCAACACUGUCUUCUACUGGAUCCCCAAUGCCGUUCUUUCUGCCAUCAUCAUUCACGCUGUGUUUGACUUGGUGGCACAUCCUCGACAGCUCUUCCACUUCUGGAAAAUUGCCCCCAUCGAUGCAGUCAUCUUCUUCGUUGCAAUUAUCCUCACAGUCUUUGUCACCAUCGAGGCUGGUAUCUAUUUUGCUGUCGCUGCAUCUCUCGUCUGGCUGCUUCUCAAGGUCGCCUUCCCUGCCGGAGACCUCAUGGGCAAGAUUGAGAUUGUCGACGUCGAAGAUCCUCUCAUUGUCCAGCAGACUGCCGAUGUCGAAGAGAUUGCUGCUGCCGAGGCUGCCCGAAACACUAAGCUCGGCAAAGUCAAGGGACUUAUCAGCAAGGCUGGAAAGCUCAUUGAGGACGGUCCUGUUGUUGACGCAGAUGUCCAGCAUGGUUUGCCUCUUCUGGCUCCUCAGGAGGUGGAGAAGUCGACCACUGCAGCAGCUCUGUCUCAUGUGCCCCGACGAACCGUCUGGGUGCCUCUGUCUCGAAAGAACGUCAACCCAGACAUCAAGAUCUCGCCCCCCCGACCUGGAGUCAUCGUCUACCGAUUCACGGAAGCAUUCACCUACCCCAACUGUUCUAGACAGACAGACAAGUUGGUGGAUGUCAUUCGAGAAAAGACUCGACGAGCCGAGGGAGUGCGAUACAAGACUCUUGGAGAGCGGCCCUGGAACGACCAUGGUCCUCGACAUCCCAAGGAGAGCGAAACUGUCGAUCUGCGGCCCAUUCUAGAGAAGGUGGUGCUAGAUUUCUCUGUCGUCUCUUCCACAGACUCUACUGGUAUCCAGAACCUGGUAGAUGCUCGAGGAGAGAUCAACCGAUAUGUUGGCCGAGAAGUCGAGUUCCAUUUCUCGGGUCUUCUGUCUCCCUGGGUCCGACGUGCUUUGGUGGGCUCUGGAUUCGGAGGAGUGCCAAAGGGACAACACCUGAGCAACUACCAGGUGACUGCGGCCCGUAGAGCCACUGCCCUUGACCGACAGACUUUGCCCAAUGACACUACCAUGGUGAUCGAGGGCGAUUCUCUGUCCAACGACUCGGAUGAAGAGUACGCAAAAAAGAAGCCGUUCGAUGAGGAAGAAGCCAUUGGAGGUCUGGACACCAAGAGCGUGUCUUCUUCUUCUCAGGACGACAAGGAGUUUGGAGGCUACAUCCCCGUGGUGUCCACCGACACUCCUUUUUUCCAUUUGGACAUUCCUGACUUGUAA